CAGAGCCUAGAAUCCCAGUCACCGAGCAGCUGGGCUUCCGGGGCGCGCCGCCAGCGAGCGCGCGCAUGCGCCAGGCCGGGAAGGCGUUGUCUCACUUCCCCUAGGCCGCCCCGCAGGAGUGGCUUGUAGCCUUCGGAUUCCCUGGCCCUGGAAUUCCGAGGCUCCUUCUGGACGAGACCUGAGCUGUCCAUGCAGCCAGAAAACCCGGUGUUCCAGCACAGAGGGGGUCCAUCGCUCCAGAUAAUAUGUCCUGAUCCUCAAACUAAAUAGAAAACCACAGGAAGGAAUGAAGGAUGAAGCUCUACAUAUAGUAGUUAUUCAAUAAACAUUUAUCAGAAGUGAGAAGAGUUCCAUGAAGACAGCAUUAACCAAGAUAACGGUGCUUGAUUUCACAGAGUAAAUUCUCUUGGAGAAGAAAUUUAUGGAUAUCCAAAAAUGAUUGAGAUUGAACAGGCAGAGGCCCAGCUCUCUGAGCUAGACCUGCUCACCAGUAUGUUCCCCGGUGAGAACGAACUCAUAGUGAAUGACCAGCUGGCUUUAGCAGAAGUGAAAGAUUGUAUUGAAAAGAGGACGAUGGAUGGACGAUCCUCAAAAGUUUACUUUACUAUCAAUAUGAACCUGGAUGUAUCUGAGGAAGAAAUGGUGAUGUUUUCUCUGGCCUGUAUUCUUCCCUUUAAAUACCCUGAAGUUCUGCCUGAAAUUACUGUCAGAUCGGUAUCAUUAAGUAGGUCUCAGCAGACUCAGCUGAACACAGAUCUGACUGCAUACCUGAAAAAGAACUGUCUCGGAGAUGUCUGUAUAUUGAAUGCCACAGAGUGGGUUAGAGAACAUGCUUCUAACUAUAUCAGCAGAGACACCACACCUUCCCCUGCUCCAGGAAGUGCAGUCCAGCCAGUUGAUCUCAUUCUCACAAGACUGUGGAUCUAUAGCCAUCACAUUUACAACAAGUACAAAAGAAAGUAUAUUCUAGAGUGGGCAAGGGAGCUUUCCCUGUCUGGAUUUAGCAUGCCUGGGAAACCUGGUGUUGUUUGUGUGGAAGGCCCACAAAGCGCCUGUGAAGAAUUCUGGUCAAGACUCAGAAAAUUAAACUGGAAGAGAAUUUUAAUUCGCCAUCGAGAAGACAUCCCUUUUGACGGUACAAAUGACAAAAUGGAAAGAGAAAGAAAAUUUUCAUGUUUCGAAGAAAAAGUGUUCAGUGUGAAUGGAGCCAGAGGAAACCAUAUGGACUUCGGUCAGCUGUAUCAGUUUUUAAAUGCCCAAGGAUGUGCAGAUGUUUUCCAGAUGUUCUUUGGUGUGGAAGGACAAUGACUGGGCAGAGGAGUAGUUGAAAGUAUUUUGUCACUGUUGGCCUUUGGACACUUUCCCCACUCUUUCCUGAACGAUGAAGUAAUUUUAUUUUAGCCCCUUUGCAGAAUGUUAGGGGGGAAAGAAAGAAAGGUAGUAGAGCUGAAAUGUAUCUGUUUUAAGUACAUUCUUAAAAUUGUUGAUAGAAAAUUCUUGACAUAGCAACUACCCAUUUUGAAAGAGAAAUUAAUUAUACCAGAGGGAGAGGCCCUGCUUCCACUAAGAAUGUGGAAAAGCUAGAUGUUCACUCUUCAGCCUCUCUUGCAGCUAGGGGUGGUCUCAAGAUGCGGCUUUGGGUGGGGGGCUACUGGGGGAACUUCUGCUUUCCCAGUCAGAAGGGCAGAUGCAGCUAGAGCACCUCUGUUUCCCUGUUCUGCCACAAACACUAAAGAAGAGGCUGGAGCUGCAGUAGUUCUUCCAACCAUGAAGGCAGGAAGGGCCAAGUGAGCCAUGGAGAUUCCUGUCCCCACGUUGCUGAGCUGCUGACCCAACACCAGCCCCCGCCUGUCUCUAGACAGCUGGUUAUGAAAUAAAAUCAGUUUCAUUUCGUUU